AUGCUAGGGACUGGCAAGCGUGCAAGGUCGGAUGCCGCGGAGGCCGAUGCCUCCUCUACGGACAACAGCGUGACCAGAAAGCAUGAAAACGGCGACAGCUGCACCGUGUGCAUGAGUCGGCCUCGCACCGUUCGGAACCAGCCAUGCGGCCACGCGACGCUCUGCGAGCUGUGCACCAUCAAGAUCAUCGAUCCGCGGUCGCAAUCGUGCCAGUGCCCGCUGUGUCGCCGCGAGGUGACAAGCCUCAAGUUCCUGCCAUCCACCAAUGCGGGUGUUGUUCGCGCAGCAAGGAUGGAUACCUACGAGGCAGCGGCGGAUGACUCGGCUCUGCAAGCCUCGACGGCAGAGCCAGAGCCCACCGACGAGGCCGGAGCGCAGGCGUUUGCGACGCUGCUCGAGUUUCUGCAGGCAAUGCUGGGCAGCGACUCGGAGGAUGACAGCGCCUUCGAAGGCUGCUCCGCCCUCACCGCCGUCACGCUGCCGGACAGCCUCACCUCGAUCGGCGACUACCUCACCGCCGUCACGCUGCCGGACAGAUACACCUCGUCCUCGAUCGAACACCUCGAUUGGCUGCGGCGCCUUCUUGGACUGCCCUCUUUAUCCCUAUUCGGCCGCAACUCUGAGGCGAUGUGA